AUAGUUAUUGAUAAUAAUGGUUGAUUUGAUUUGCGCGGGAGUAGUAGUACGAAUUAAGGCUUCUUUACACAGUCAAAAGCCAUGUCAGAGAGAAGCUUAGAACAAGUGCAAAGUGAUAAUAUUUCAAAUUGUAUAAUACAAUCAGAUGUUCCGUCAGUUUGCAAGGAAGAGCCCUGCUGUCUUGGAAUAGAUGAGGCUGGAAGGGGUCCAGUUUUAGGUCCUAUGGUGUAUGGCAUAUGCUAUUGUCCAGUUUCCGAGAAAGAAAAACUGAAAGACAUGGGGUUUGCUGAUUCCAAAACUUUAUCUGAAGAAAAACGUGAAGGUUUGUUUACGAGUAUAGAAGAGGCUGGUGACCUGCUGGGGUUUGAAGUGGAAGUCAUAUCACCUACAUUCAUUUCAAACAACAUGCUUAAGAGGAGCAAGUACAGUUUGAAUGCUAUAUCGAUGGAUUCUGCAAUCGGACUGGUAAAACUUGCGCUGAAGAAUGGUGUUAAUCUCACUGAAGUUUAUGUUGAUACUGUUGGACCUGCUGUAAAAUAUCAAGAAAAACUGCAAGGUAUCUUUCCAGAUUUAACCAUCACUGUGGAAUCUAAGGCUGAUGCAAAGUUCCCUAUUGUUAGUGCUGCAAGUAUCUGUGCAAAGGUCGUACGAGAUAGAGUAUUGAAAACAUGGACAUUUUCUGAGGGUGACCAGUAUACCCUGGCUAAAGAUGUAUCUGGAUACCCAUCAGAUCCAAGUACGAAACAAUGGCUGCGUGAAAACAUUGAUAAAGUGUUUGGUUUUCCGAGUGUGGUACGAUUUAGUUGGUCUACAGCUAGUUUCAUUCUAGACGAGAAAGCUGUUAAAGUGUUUUGGGAUGAUGAAGAUGAAGAUGAGGAUACCAAGGGAACCAAAUCAGUUCUCUCUUACUUUGCUCCAACAGACUCUGAAAAGUUUAAAAAACACAAAUUCUUUGAAGAAAGACAUUUAACUCAGGUUACCAACUUUUGAUGAAUUAACCUAAAAAAAAAGUAUUAACCAUUCCACUUAGCCCUGCCCAUUGGAUAUUUUCCUAAAAUCUGUCAGAAAUACUGUAGUGCUAUGGUUGCCACUCCAUGAGUCACAUGUAGGUCAUGGAUAAACUUUUUAGGGCCAUCGGGUCACAUCCGUGUCUCAAAGAAAAAAAGUAAAAUAGGUGUUAAGGAGUGUUGCAGUUACAGUAAAACUAAAAAAUCGGAGGUUUCUCAGAACAUUGAACCAAAACUUGUGAUUAAACAAUUUAAUAAAAUGUUGUAGCUAUAUUUUUCAAAUUUGUGUUAAAUGUCUGCUUGUGUUUUGAAUUGAUAAGCUUGACAAAACUGUGGCACCAGAAAUUUGCCGACAAGGGGUCAGAUGUGUCCGGCGGAGGGGUCCUAACCAAGGCGACGACGGAGCCUCGGUGGACGGCCCGGAAUAAAAAAAAUCCUUGUUAGGCCCCAUGGGGAGAGUUUUUAUGGCUUAAUUUGGUCCUAAAUGUGCGUUUAGGCCUCAAUAAGAGAUUGGCAAUCAAUAAUAUUAUUAUUACAGUAUUAGCUUUAUUUGGAUAGACAAUUAUUAUUACACUAUUAUUAUUACAGUAUUAGCUUUAUUUGGAUAGACAAUUAUUAUUACACCACUGACCCUGAGUAGGCCUUGUUAAACCUAUUUUCCACAAGGCCGAUUUAUUCGUGCAAAUGGAAAGUGUUGGCUCAUGCAUUUACGUUUUUAUCAGAGUUUUUGCUUGUGAAAAAAUUUGCAACCAAUCAGAGCCCAGAAAGCGAACCGACGCUGUUGAUUCACACGAAUAAAUUCACACAGUGGAAAACAGCCUUAAGCAAUACAUCACU